AUGAGAAACAAAGAUCCGGAAAAAGCAGUAGAUAUACCACCUCAACAUGAGAACGAGGAAACUAUGGCACAGCAGAGCGCAUUGGAGACGGGAGAGGUGACUGUCAUCCGGAAGAUCAUCUUAGCAGGGGUGAUGAUGUUGACCACUUUCAUAGCAUGGGUCCAGUCAGCGACCAUAGCAAGCUCCUUACUGAUCAUUCCGGCGUCAUCCAUCGAUCUGGGAAUAACGGAAUUACAAGCUCAAUGGAUCAGCUCGGCUUAUUCACUUGCCAAUGGGUGCGGUCUACUAUUCUUUGGUAGACUCGCCGAUUUGUACGGACGAAAGUACCUCUACCUCCUUGGCAUGGGUCUGUACACCGUCUUCAGCAUAAUAUCCGGCUUUGUCAGACAAAGUACCGCCUUGUGUGUCAUCCGAGCUCUUACAGGUCUCUCCCUAUCCAUCGCCUUACCAGCUGCAUUCGGUAUCGUAGGAGUAACAUUCCAUUCUGAACCCUCUCGCACAAUCGCUUUUGCCUCUUUGGCUUUGGGUUAUCCGGUAGGUGCAGGUCCAGGUCAAGUCAUAGCUGGGUUGAUAGCUGGUACAGGCAUCAAAUCAUGGCAAUAUCUAUUCCUCAUCUUAUCCGGACUAGCUGCCUUCCCAUGUUUGAUAGGCAUAUUCAUCAUUCCUCCUGAACCCACGAGGGCUACUUCGACUCCGACUUCGGACGGAAAGCAUUUCGAUUAUCUCGGAGCUGGAUUGAUCACUUCGUCCCUGGCAUUAUUUGGGUUCGGGUUGACGCAAAGUGAUUUGAUCGAUGGAGGCUGGAGUGUACCGUAUAUCGGGAUAUGCGUUGGUAUCUCGAUAGUGCUUUUAACACUCUUCUUAUACUGGCAGAAACAAAUUGACAACAAACACCCUUCCAUCGCUCCUUUGUUGAAUCUAGCCAUAUUCUCAAGACAGGAGUACAAAGUCACAGCUGUACUUUGUAUAACAUUCACAGCAUAUAUGUCAAUAGCAGGUUGGAUGUACCUAACGACAAUAUUCUUUCAAACUCUCCUCCACGAAUCUCCCUUACUCAACGCAUUGCACGUUCUCCCAGCACCCAUCAUAGGGAUAUUCGCAUGCUUGCUAGUACCCCUCUUAGCACCUAAGGUACCAGCUCCGUAUCUUCUCGUUCUAGGUGGAUGCUGUACCGCCAUUGCACAAUUGUUGUUUGCCGUGGUGCCGCUGGGCAGGAGUUGGUGGGUGAAUGGUUUUUUAAGUAAUUUGUUCAAUCCUUUUGGAGCGGAUUUUACAGUAGGAAUCGGAUCUAUUCUUCUAUCCAACCUAGUCAACGAUGACGAACAGUCAAUAGUCGGGGCAUUAUUCCAAACUGCCAUUCAACUCUCAUCAACCCUCGGCGUAUGUCUCUGCAGUCUUACACAGAAGCUCGUGAUGGACAACACUGCAUCGUUGGAAAGAGGAUUGAGAGUGGCUUUUUGGUUGAUGGCUGGUAUAAGUUGGAGUUCAGCUUUGAUCGCUGGUAUAACUAUGAGAGAAGUUGGUUUAGCCCAGGAUAUCAGAGAAUCUUGA